AUGGCGGCCAUGCCUGGACAAGGGAACAGCGUGAGUGCUGGUGAAAUGAAGAACACAACGCCAGCGGCAAGCAACAGGUCUUCAAGUAGUGGCUCGCGUCGGGGGUCGUCUCCGCGCAACGAAGAUCAGCAGGAGACGUGUGACGCGACAAUACACAAGCCGGACUCCACAAGCCCGCUUCCGCCAAGACCUCGCCCCGUCAACUACGACAAAGACCAUAAUGAAAAAGUCAAUACCAUAGCUAGUUUAACUGGGGCGGGCGUGCUGACACACACAGCACCUUCGUAUGAGGAGCAACGCGCCAGUCCAGCGUUGCUUAGUCGAGGAGCUGGCGGUACUCCGGGAGGACGCAGCGCACGCGAUGAUGGCUAUUGUUCAGCCAGUAGCACUCCAAGGGCUCUUGACCACAAGCCAACGAAAGGAUCUGUCGUAACCCUAUCGUGCUACAAAAAAGAGCCUAAAGUACAAAUAGAGGAAGAGUAUUUUUAUACAGAAGGCAGCAAACGACUUAGAGCGAACAGUAAGCCUGAAACAUCAGAUGGCCGAGAGACAUGGGGCACCGGGGCAGACUUCCUUCUGUCCAUCAUUGGUUUCGCGGUUGAUCUGGCCAACGUCUGGAGAUUUCCGUAUCUUUGCUAUAGGAAUGGCGGUGGUGCCUUCUUGAUACCCUACACUCUGAUGCUGGUUUUCGGAGCAGUUCCUCUCUUCUACAUGGAGUUAAUCCUCGGGCAGUAUAACCGACAAGGACCUAUCACUCUAUGGAAAAUAUGUCCAUUGUUUAAAGGUGUUGGAUUCUGCGCAGUCAUGGUCGCGUUCUAUGUUUCCUUCUAUUAUAAUGUAAUAAUUGGCUGGGCUUUCUAUUUCUUGAUGUCGUCAGCUCGAUCAGAACUGCCCUGGGUGCAUUGCGAUAAUUCUUGGAAUACGGAACAAUGUUGGGACUCGGCUCGGUUGAAUGGUACCAAUCGCACGGAUGUUAAAUACCAAGGACCACUGUCGCAUUUCACGCCUGCUUCAGAAUUCUUUCAUCGAGCAGUCUUGGAAAUGCAGCAUUCGGAAGGUUUGAAUGAUCUAGGUUUGCCGAAAUGGCAAUUGGCUGCUUGUCUCGGUUUGGUCUAUGUAACUUUAUACCUUUCAUUAUUCAAAGGCGUUAAGAGCUCCGGAAAAGUGGUAUGGAUGACAGCAACAAUGCCGUACGUUGUCCUGUCGAUCCUCCUGGCCCGUGGAUUACUUCUGCCGGGAGCAACACGGGGCAUCGCCUACUAUUUGCAGCCGGAACUUACUAGGCUCAAGGAUACGCAGGUUUGGGUGGACGCAGCGGUACAGAUAUUUUAUUCCGUUGGUGCUGGUUUCGGCGUUCAUCUUUCAUAUGCAAGUUACAAUACUUUUCACAACAACUGCUACAGAGAUUGCUUGGUUACAACUCUAGUGAAUUGUUUCACGUCAUUCUUCUCCGGGUUCGUGAUCUUCACAUACCUCGGGUUCAUGUCGUACAAACAGGGUGUACCCAUCUCCUCCGUGGCUACUGAAGGACCAGGAUUGGUAUUCCAAGUAUACCCCGAGGCUGUUGCUACUCUACCAGGGGCGAGCUUAUGGGCGAUGUUGUUCUUUUUUAUGCUGAUCAUGCUUGGACUGGACUCGGGGAUGGGGGGCCUCGAGUGCGUGAUCACCGGUCUUUUGGACCAGGCGCGUGCGAGCGGUGCGCACUGGCUCCGCCGGGAGCACUUCACGCUGCUGGUCGUCUGUGUGUCCUUCUGUAUCGCUUGCAUCAAUGUAACACCGGGUGGGAUCUACAUGUUUCAUCUUUUGGACACCUACGCUGCCGGCAUAUCACUGUUGUGCUCGGCGUUGUUCGAAGCCGUUGCUGUCUCGUGGUUUUAUGGUCUGAAAAGGUUCUCUGACGAUGUUGAAGAAAUGCUCGGCUUCAGGCCCGGUAUUUACUGGAGGAUAUGCUGGAAAUUCGUCAGCCCAAUAUUCAUUAUCGGAGUAGUAGUUUUCGGCUUAUUGUACCAGCAGCCUCUCCAGUAUCAGCAAUACACGUAUCCGCAGUGGGCCGUGGUGUUGGGCUGGGGUCUUGCCUGCUCCUCCAUAUUAAUGAUACCUAUCGUAGCUAUAUACAAACUGGCCACAACUCCCGGAACAUUUAGACAGCGUCUUGCUUGCUGCAUUUCUCCUGAAUCCGAACACGAAGCCAUCCGAGGUGGGGCUCCCGUUAGUCGCUUCACGUGGCGACAUUGGUUAUAUGUAUAA